CAAAGAUGGCGAAGACCACGCAAACUUCGUCGUGGAUGGCCACCCUAUUUAACCUAAUAUGCUGUUGUUUGCUGAUAUCUGAUGUAUUCGCUGUCAGCCGAGACAAUUUUAAGACAUGUGAUCAGAGUGGAUUUUGCAAACGGCACAGGGCGGUGGCUGCAGGAGAAAGUCCUUACGUAGUGUUGAUGGAAUCGCUCAAAAUACAAUCAACAAGUGUACAAGUUCAAAUAUUGAAUACUCACAAUAAUGUAAGACUACUUCUAGAGCUUUAUGGCUUAAAGGAAAACACUGCAAGAUUGAAAAUAAAUGAGCUAAAUCCUAUCAAACCACGGUUUGAGAUUCCGUUGGGUGACACAUUGGUCGGCGAACCCAAGCAACAAGGGUUGAAAAUUAUUGACAAGAGUGACCAGAGUGUGACAUUUAGUCUUGAAAACAACAAGAUAGUACUGACAAGCAAGCCAUUCCGUUUGGACUUCUUCGCUGAGGGAGACCAUGUUGUAGGCGUCAAUGCACAAGGAUUACUUAAAUUUGAACAUCUUCGCACAAAGCCAGAACCAAAACCUGCCGAGCCAGACAAUGAAGAAAAAGCUGAGGGAGAAGAAAGCGAGGAGGGAGAGAAUGCAGAAGAAAAGAAGGAGGAGGAAGUUGUAGCUGAAACACAAGAUCAGCCGUCUGAGGAACCUGAUAUGUGGGAGGAGUCCUUCAAGGGAUUCGCUGACAGCAAACCCAAUGGUCCAGCAUCUGUGGGAAUGGACAUCGGAUUCCCUGGUUUUGAACAUGUAUAUGGUAUACCAGAACAUGCAGAAACCCUUGCAUUGAAAUCAACCAAAGACACAGAUCCCUACCGCCUGUUCAAUUUAGAUGUGUUUGAGUACGAGUUAUACAACCCGAUGGCUCUUUACGGAUCUGUCCCAGUCAUGAUCGCUCACAAUGAGAAAAGAACAGUUGGGAUCUACUGGAACAAUGCUGCCGAGACCUGGAUUGAUAUUCGCUCAAACGUAGCAGACAAGACAUUUUUGUCCAAGGUAGCUGACCUCGUGAAGGGGAGUUCAGACAUUCCCCAGACCGAUACUCACUGGUUCUCUGAGAGUGGAAUCAUCGAUCUGUUUAUCAUGAUGGGGCCCUCCCCUAAACAGGUCUUCAAACAGUAUGCUGUCCUCACAGGAACCACUCCUCUGCCACCAUUGUUUGCUAUUUCCUACCACCAGUGCAGAUGGAACUAUAAUGACCAAGAUGACGUCAAAAAUGUUGAUGCUAACAUGGACAAGUUCCAGAUUCCGUAUGAUGUUAUUUGGCUGGAUAUUGAACACACUGAUGGUAAAAGAUAUUUCACAUGGGAGAAGGACAAGUUCUCUCACUCAGAGGACAUGAUCAACAAUGUAGCCUCCCGUGGCAGAAAAAUGGUCACUAUUGUAGACCCACAUCUGAAGAAAGACGAUAACUAUGGUGUGUAUGCAGAUUGUAAAAACCACGGUCUGUCUGUGAAAAAUAAAGAUGGGGGAGAGUAUGACGGAUGGUGCUGGCCAGGUUCCUCUAUUUGGCCUGAUUUCCUAAACCCAGAUAUCAGGAAAUGGUGGGCAGGUAAAUUUGCCUACGAUCAGUACAAGGGAAGUACACCUGAUCUGUACAUCUGGAAUGACAUGAAUGAACCGUCCGUAUUCAAUGGACCAGAAAUCACCUUCCACAAAGAUGUCAAACAUUUCGGAGAUUGGGAGAAUAGAGAUAUCCACAAUCUGUAUGGGAUGUAUGUGCACCAUGCCACAGGAGAAGGUAUCAAGCUGAGAUCGAACAAUCAGCAGCGACCAUUCGUAUUGUCCCGGGCUUUCUUCGCUGGAUCUCAAAGAUCUGGAGCUAUAUGGACGGGAGACAAUAUGGGCGAAUGGUCUCACCUCAAGAUCUCCAAUCCCAUGAUCCUAUCCCUCAACUUGGUGGGCAUCACAUUCUCAGGGGCUGACGUAGGGGGAUUCUUCAGAAACCCAGAGCCUGAGCUAAUUGUCAGAUGGUACCAGGCUGCAUCCUUCCAGCCAUUUUUCCGAGCCCAUGCUCACUUAGACACCAAGAGGAGAGAACCCUACUUAUUGGAGGAGAAACAGAUGAAGAUAUCUCGUGAUGCCAUCCGUACCCGCUACACCUUCCUGCCCUACUGGUAUACUCUGUUUUACUUCGGUGAGCGUGAUGGUGGACCGUUGAUGAUGCCAAUGUGGGUCGCAUAUCCAGAGGAUAAAUCUACAUUCCAAAUGGAUGACCAGUUUUUAGUGGGAUCAAGCCUUUUGGUGAAACCCAUAACAGAAGCAGGAGGGACUGGAACAUCCGUCUACUUCCCAGGACAAGAUGAGAUUUGGUAUGAUAUUCUAACCCAGGAGACCUACAAUGGUAAAGAAUCUCAUUACGUCAAUGCCCCACUGGAGAAGAUACCAGUAUUCCAAAGAGGGGGAUCUAUCAUUCCACGAAAAAUGAGAGAACGACGUUCCUCAGGACUCAUGCACUAUGAUCCAUUCACAUUGAUCAUUUGUUUGGACAAAAAUGGUGCUGCUGAAGGAGAUGUGUAUGUUGACGAAUACGACUCAUACCAGUACAGGAGUGGUAAAUUUAUCCUCAAGAAGCUCACAUUUAAAAAUAAAGUUUUUGAAAGCAGUUCUGCAGUUCAAAGUGGUAAAUUAGACACCAAAGAGUGGAUAGAAAGAAUUGUUAUUAUAGGCUACCCACAAAAACCAAACGCUGCCACUUUACAAUCAGGAAAAAAUACCAUCAUGUCUUUGGAUACAGUUUAUGAUUCAAAAACAAAGACGGUGACAGUAAGAAAACCAGGAAUGAAUAUAGCAGACGACUUUACUAUCAAGCUCAGUUAAUUGUUGGGAGUCACUAGACUUAUUUUUCUACAACAAAAGUAGUCUCAAAGUUUAUCUUAACCAGCUGAUCGUGUGAUAAUUCAUUCCACUGAUUAAUGUUAUGUAUCUGUCAUAUCUUUCAUCUUUCUAUCAAAACAAGUACCAAGUCUAAAGAUGUUUUUAAGACUUUCCAUGCGACACUUUCACUAAUAAGGUAUUCCUUAAUUCAUUUCACGUAUUGAUACUAGAUAUAAUGCUUUUUUUCAAUUUGAGAAAAUCAAAGGGAAACUGUAAUUGUCAACAUGUGAUAACAUGUGUAUUACAAGUACUUCUUAUUUUGAUAGUGCUAUCAUAAUGAAUGCUUUUUGAGUUUUUUGUUAAAAUGUAUUCCAGGUGGUCUUAUCACUCACAUGAAAUAGCUUUGUACUUGCUGUUAAUGAUGGUGUAUUGGUUUAGAAGUAUGUGGUUCUACACUAUUGAAAGGAUUUAUUGGUAUUUGUCCACCUUGUCUCGGACAACAAGUUUUCCUUUAGGAGAAGACGGUCCCAUUAACUGGUGGUAGUCUUGUGUUCUGUUUUCACUUUCAGAAUUAGAUUUACACUUCUGUGUGUACACUCACAGAUACUUUCUAAAUUAAGGGUCAUGAAUUAUGUACAGAAUUCAACACAUUAAAAGUUCUAAGAUUUUGAGGGAAAAUCUAAGUACAAAGAAUUUGAAGACUUUAUCAAUGUAAAAUAUUUCGAAAAAUAAAUGAAAAUGUAGACUUUAUCCUCUGGCUGAUAGUCAGUGAAACUGUACACAAGUUUUCUAUAUGAAACAUGCAUCAUGUAUGGUACAGCGAAUUGUGAGGUGAUCAUAUUGUUCCCUGCGAUGUUGAUAAUCUUGAUCAACAUCGCAGGGAACAAUAUGAUCACCUCACAAUUCGCUGUGACCGCUAAACUGGUGGUGUUUUCCUUUGAUUUUCCCAGUCUAAUAGUUAGAAAAUGUAAAUUAAACAUGCUUUGGUGGAACAUUUCUUAGAAAAAACUUAAACUUGUUCCUGUUCCUGUUCCAUCAGACUUUUUUGAUACUUUCAUAAAAAAACCACACUUAAAACUUGAAACAUGAAAUGAGCCGCCAUCCUCUGAGGUCCUAAAUGUUUACAGGUAUUUGUUAUAUUGAUAGUGCUAUUAUUAGGAGGGCUGUUGUUUUGUUUGACAUUCACUUGGAGUAUCUUUGUACUCACUGUUCGUGAUAAUGUAACAACUUUUUAAAAGUGCUACCUAUUUAAAUAGUGAUACAGUUAUUACCAGAUAGGGGCAAGUAGUAUUGUUAGACCAAACUAAAUGACGGGUUUUUACAGUACCUUGUUUAAAACUUAAUGUCCAUAGGUAGUACCACAAGACUUGUUUUUUUGCAUUAAAUGUAUUAAAGAUAUAUGUUCGACCAGAAAUUGUUUUGGAGGACAUGAAAUAUCUUGUCUAAAAUUGUGGAUAGCCACUUUAGGUUGAGUUUGGCAUGGUUGCUUACUGAAAACAUUCAUAUUUAUAAUUUGGCCUUGUCUGUAUGACAAAAUAUGUUAUUUAAAGGUAGAAUUUCAUUGUAAGUGUUUCUUUGUCGUUAUUUAUUAUAUCAAGUGCUAAUUAAAUUAUGUGUUCAAAGAACUAGCCUAGCGUAGCUUUUUUUCUGUCCAUCAAGUAUUGAUAAAGCUAUUGUGUGGCCUUGAUCAAGAAAGCUAUGAUAUUCCAAUAUUGCACCAACACUCCUGUGGAAGUUGCUGUAGUUUAUUGUUUGUUGGAUAUCAAUUCUUGUCAGUUGUAGAGCUUAUGUUACACCCAAUAUACCGGAAUUAUUACAUAUCAUUUACACCCAAAAAAACAACCCUAAAAUCUUCUUGAAAUGAUGUAGCACUAUAUCUUUAAACAAGUUAUUAGAUAGCUGUGAGAUAUGGGAUCCUAGUUUAUUUUCACUGAGAGGUUAAUUCCUUUGAGGACCAAUCAAACAUCAGAUGUAAAUUUGAAGAUGUUUGGAAUUAUCACUUGGGAUACAUUUUGUACGGGUAUUUAUUUUCAUUUUGAAGGGAAAUCCAGUGUCAUUAUUUGAAAAGAUAGAUUCCACGAAAAUCUAAAGAGAUUUAAAACAUCACCAUAUAUAAUUGUGGAUGCAAGAACAUAGUUUUUAUUGUAACGCUAUAGUAGUCUAUUCAUUCCUUUCCGACCAUCAGAACCAUUUUUACCGAGCUAAAAAAUUACAUUGACGAAAACAAUAAUGAUUUGAAAUCUGACCCUGUUCACCAGGGCCGUUUUCGUUUAAACGGUCAAACCGGUCGGACCCCUGUUGUUCGUUUAUUAAAUAAGGUCGGACUUAG